CAAGAUAGCUAGUUGUGUCUAAUGUUAAUCUGUGUCGCAACUUGUCUUGAACUUCAGUCUGGAUCACUGAGAGAAAGAAAUUCACUAUAGGUGGACCAACUGCUGUUUGGUUGCUCAAAUUAGGUAGCUAGCAAGCUAGCCAUAAGUGCAAACUAGCUGCUGCGGGUAGCUAGCGAGUCACCGUCAAAGUGGAUCGUUAAUAGCCUCAUAUAAGAUGGAUAACAGUGGUAAGCCAUCAACAGCACAGAUUGUGCUGUUGGCUACCAGCUCAGCUUUAACAGCUGUCUUCUAUUCAAUAUACAGAAGGAAGUCAGCCACAGCUGCCCGGUUAAAGGAAGCCCAAAAAGUCUCCAUUGAUCAGGAUCUUAAAAGCAUCCUGAUGGAAGCUCCAGGGAAGUGUAUCCCAUACGCAGUAAUUGAAGGUGUUGUGAGAUCAGUGAAAGAUACGCUGAAUAGUCAGUUUGUGGACAACUGCAAAGGAGUUAUUGAAAGACUGACUCUGCGGGAACAAAAAAUGGUGUGGAACCGUACUACCCAUAUCUGGAACGACUGCGAGAAAAUCAUCCACCAGCGCACCAACACGGUGCCCUUCGACCUGGCCUCCCACGACGGGGGCGUGUCGGCCGCCGUGCGGGUCAUCCGGCCGCUGGACGCGGCCGAGCUGGACCUGGAGACCACCUACGAGAACUUCCACCCGGUGGCCCAGUCGCUCACCGACGUCAUCGGCCACUUCAUCAGCGGCGAGCGGCCCAAGGGCGUCAAGGAGACGGAGGAGAUGCUGCGGCUCGGGGCCAGCGUGACGGGGGUGGGCGAGCUGGUGCUGGACAGCAACCUGGUCCGGCUGCAGCCGCCCAAGCAGGGCCUGCAGUACUUCCUCAGCCGGCUGGACUACGAGUCGCUGCUGAGGAAGCAGCAGGCCCGCGUGCGGCUCUGGAAGGCGCUGACCGCCGCCUUCGGCCUGGCCGCGUGCGCCGUGCUCUUCUUCGUGCUGCGCCGGCGCUACGCGCUGUACAGGGAGCGGCGCAGGCUGCGCAGCCUCCGCGCCGAGUUCGAGGAGCAGCAGCGCAAGCGGCUGCGCGAGAUGGACCUUGACGAGGGCGCCGUCUCGCCCAGCGCCUGCGUGGUCUGCCUCUCGCGCCAGCGCUCCUGCGUCUUCCUCGAGUGCGGCCACGUCUGCGCCUGCGACGAGUGCCACCGCGCGCUGCCCGCGCCCAAGAGGUGCCCCAUCUGCAGGAGGGCCAUCGACAGGGUCAUCCCGCUCUACAACAGCUAACAGCCCCCGGGGCGGGAGGGGGGACUGAUGUGGGUGGCGACGCUGCGUCCGUAUGAGGCCAGCACUAAAGGCCAGUUUUCCAUUCCAUCUGCUGGAACGCGCCUUCAGGGACAGAAUAACUGUGCUGGUUAAGUCUCUCUUAACAGUUUCAUUGUGAUCUGCUUUAUGGGGAAUACCGUAUGCCGUAAAGGCGGCAUUCACAAACAGUUUGUUGGGUAAAAUGGUGUCCAUUUUCCAAGAAAAUGAUGCUCGGUUCUUUGUCAAAGCAGAUCAGAAGCAUUGAGUCGAGGACGCCUGUUGUAUUUUUGCUGUAAUGGUUCCUGAAAUAAAUGUACCAAAAUGUCAAUUCACCAAAAGGCAGUUUGCUCAUUUGCACUUGAAAACACAUUCUAUCAGCGUGCACCACUGACCCGAUGGUUGGACCUUGUCGGGUCUCACUGCUGUUGGAAUGUUUUGUGUGUAUUCGCAAAUGUCUGU